GCAUUGGCCAAAUUGAGAAAGUUUUGGGUUGAAGUCAAUUUCUUCUGGCGGACCUUUUGGGCACGCUCUUUGUUGUCCACAUGUUCCAAUGUUUUGAUUUUGCUGAUGUUCUGUCACCCGAGGUUUGAGAGAUUUGAGAGAUUUGGGAGGUUGAAGAGGUUAGAGCCAUAGAAAACCAUAAUAUAUGAAGUUAUCUAUGGUUAGAGCCAAGUCGCCAAAGUCUCUCAAGGUCAAGCGAGACGGUGGCCUUAAGAUGGCCUUGAAAUGCCCCCAUUUGGUUUUCGUCUACGGAUCGCUCAAACGUCAACAGCCCAAUCAUGAAGCUUGGUUGGCCAAUCCGGACAAAGGUCAAGCCGUCUUUCACGCCCAAGGUCAGACUGUCAAAGCUUUUCCCUUGAUCGUGGCCUCGCGUUAUAACAUACCUUACCUAUUGGAUGCCCCGGGAAUGGGACGACGGGUCCAAGGCGAAGUGUUCGCAGUGAAUGAUCUGAUGCUCCAGAAUCUUGAUAUUAUGGAGGACGUACCAGCUUUCUAUUCCCGAGGUCGUGCCUCCGUGGAACUGACGGAUAAGUCCUUGAUUGAAUGCUGGUUGUACACUCUGCCAGAUUACAAGGAAGAGCUCCUUCAAAACGAAUGCUUGGCCAAUUACGCAUCCGAAGAGUUGCCCUUGACGCCCUUCGUGCCCAGAGCCCUGCGUUCAACCACCGAUUUUUAUUGGGAGGUCAAGAAGACAGCGCGCAAGCCGGAUUCAUGAAUAGCUUCUAUUUGAUUCGGUUAAUAUCGCUAAGGUAACAAAGAACAAUGAUGGAAUAUGGUGUUCGUCCGCGAGAGCGUUCUUUGACGCCGACUCAGAAACGAUCAUAAUGCAUUUCGCUUCACGCCAUUCUUAUGUUAUCAUUUUUUAUCCAGCACAUUACAUUUCUUUACCAGUGUGA